AUGGCUUUACUGUCCGCUUCAACCAAAGCGUUAUUAUCGAAUUCAGUUCAUUUUCAUUAUCAGAAUCGGAGCUUGUUGCCUUCCCAUCAGAAACCAACACAAGUCGCCUUCUCCUCCUCUUCCUCUAUUGGAUUUGUGACUCAUAGCAUUGGCUUUGAGAGGAAGGAGCGGUCAUCCUUUGUGGAAACAGCAGCUGUUAGGCAUUUGGAAGGUUCAGUUACCAAAACUGAGGGAUUUCGCUUUGCUGUGGUCGUGGCCCGGUUCAAUGAGAUUAUUACAAGGCCACUUUUAGAGGGAGCUGUUGCAACUUUCAAGAAAUAUUCGAUCAAAGAAGAAGACAUUGAUGUUGUGUGGGUUCCUGGUAGUUUUGAAAUAGGCAUUGUUGCAGAAAGGCUAGGCAAGUCGGGCAAAUACAAUGCAGUUGUGUGUAUUGGAGCUGUGGUAAGAGGUGAUACUACUCACUAUGAUGCUGUCGCUAAUUCAGCAGCAUCUGGAGUACUUUCUGCUGGUUUAAAGUCAGGGGUUCCAUGUAUAUUUGGUGUUCUGACAUGUGAGGACAUGGAACAGGCGAUAAAUCGAGCUGGUGGCAAAUCUGGGAAUAAGGGUGCUGAGGCUGCUCUGACAGCUAUUGAGAUGGCAUCCUUGUUUGAGCACCAUCUAAAGGAUACAUCAUAUAGUCUAUUGCUCUCUCUUGACAUGGUGAUAUUGCAGCUUUCUGGUCCCAACCCUGUAAAUCUCCAAGCAAAGUCAUCCAUCCUUGAAUUGGCUCAUAGUCGUCGAAAACAUUUAUCAACUUUAUCUUCUUACUCUUUGCCAAGUUUGGUCAUAUCCAAUUCUCAGCAACCUCAACAUCCCAUAUCAUCAUUCCCUCCAGUAAAUCAGAGUGUUGCAGCUAUUGUAUUUGGAGAUGGAUCAGAGUCGAGGCUCUAUCCAUUGACAAAGAGAAGAUCAGUGGGAGCCAUUCCCAUAGGAGCAAAUUACAGAAUCGUUGAUGCAGUUAUCAGCAAUUGUAUUAACAGUAACAUAAACAGGAUAUAUGCUCUAACACAGUAUAACUCUACUUCUCUCAAUUCUCACCUCUCAAGAGCAUAUACCAGCGUAGGCCUUGGCAAAGACGGGUUUGUUGAAGUGAUUGCAGCAUAUCAGAGUCCUGAAGACCAAGGCUGGUUUCAGGGAACUGCUGAUGCUAUAAGAAGGUGCUUGUGGGUACUGGAAGAUUACCAAGUGUCCGAGUUUCUGCUCCUUCCUGGCCACCAUCUCUAUAGAAUGGACUACCAGAAACUAGUUGAAGCCCAUCGAAGAAGCCAGGCUGAUAUAACCAUUGCAGCUUUGAAUUCAACAAGAGAUCAAGACCCAGGUUUUGGCAUACUAAAAGUGAAUUCACUAAAUGAAGUUGCAGAGUUCGACGUGAAGUCAGAGAGGGAGCUGAUUAUUGUCCCUUCGGUUCAAAGUUCCCAAGCAUUCAAUGAUAAUGCUUAUAGGAAGUUAUCAAGUAUGGGGAUCUAUCUUGUUAACACAGAUAUUAUGACAAAGCUCCUAACUGAAUAUUUCCCCCAGGCAAACGAAUUCGCAACUGAAGUAAUACCCAGUGCAAUAUCCACUGGAAUGAAGGUUCAAGCUUAUGUAUUUGAUGGAUAUUGGGAGGACAUGAGUAGCAUUGCAGCAUUUUAUCAAGCAAACAUGGAAUGCAUAAAGAGAUUAAACAUGGGAUACAACUUCUACGCUAAUGACGCUCCUCUAUACACCAUGCCUCGCCAUCUGCCUCCGACCACGAUAACUGAUGCUGUCAUAACAGACAGUGUAGUUGGAGAUGGUUGUAUCCUUAAUAGGUGCAAGAUCAAAGGAACAGUAGUUGGUAUGAGGACAACCAUUGGAGAAAGAGCCAUAAUUGAAGAUUCAGUCAUCAUGGGCUCUGAUAUCUAUCAAAAAGACUGCAUCCGAAAGAGCGGCAAGGAUCAGAAGGGGAUGGAGAUUCCAAUAGGAAUUGGUGAUGAUACUCACAUAAAGAAAGCUAUUAUAGAUAAGAAUGCAAGGAUUGGCAGAAAUGUAAUGAUUAUUAACAAAGACAAUGUGCUAGAAUGCAACAGGGAAGCUAAUGGCUACAUGAUCAGUGGAGGAAUGGUGGUUGUUCUAGAGAGUGCAGUGAUCCCAGAUGGCAGCAUUUUAUGA